AUGCAGUUCGCCCUCACUUGGACUUUGCUAGCUGCUGCCGGUUUGGCGGCAGCUUCCCCGACAGUAUAUUUGAUCCGCCACGGCGAGAAGCCCAGCGAUGGCGGUAACGGACUGAAUGCACAAGGCCUUGAACGUGCCCAGUGCCUUCGAUCUGUGUUCGACAAGAGCUCCGAAUACAACAUUGGACAUAUUAUGGCGCAAACGCCAAAGAGCAAUGGCAAGCGGGCUCGCCCAUAUGACACUGUUGAGCCACUGGCCGAGGACUUGGGUCUCACCGUCGAUACCUCGUGCGACCGUGAUGACUCGAAGUGCGUCAAGGAAGUGGUGGAUGGAUACAGCGGGGAAGGAAAUAUCCUGAUCUGCUGGGAGCAUGAUGCUUUGACUGAUAUUGUCAAGGAGUUGGGCGAUAAAGAUGCACCAUCGUAUCCCGAUGACAGCUUCAACAUUAUUUGGACCGACCCGUCGCCUUAUUCUGAGAUCACUGCGGAGACGAGCGAGAACUGCGCUGGAUUGGAUGACUGA